AUUCUGUCUUCAAUGUCGCGUUGUGUAUGGUGACUUUCUUCUAUUUUUUCUGAUUAUUUUAACAUUUUAUGGACAAUCUUCGUAUCGAUUUUUUGAGAAAUGAACCAGUAAAAAUGUCGUACAUCGAUACUUCCCUGGUGGAGCCACUAAAAAAAUUGGAAAUAAAUCUACCAACUGGCAACAAUAAUGGGUACACUUUGAUCAAGCUGUGCAGAACGGCUUACCCGCCUACGAUCCUGCGAGACCGGCAUUUCUCAACACUUGUUGCAAGGUACAAGACGGACGAAGAGUUCAAAAACGAAGCAACUUUUGUGGAGAAGGUGUUAAACGACAAGAUCGAGCAAGAAGCGUGAAUUCUUGAAAAUGCAUGGACCAGCAGUGGAAAGACGAGACGUUGAUAUACCAGACUUCUGCUCCCCAUUGAUCUGAUUUGUAAUUUUGUAUUUUUGGUGUCUGAUUUUCACAAUUAAUAAUUGUGAUAAAUUUAAUUUAAUUUAAUCAGAAUUUUCACCUUUUUUAUCUAUUUAUCAUCUUUAAAAAACAGAAUAUGAACCCAAAUAUGAAA